CUGCACGGUCAAUGCUAUGAUAAUAGCGGAGAUCCUGAAAUACGGGUCACAGCUAUGCUGGAGCUGGGAUCCCCCCUGGAGAUGAUUCAGCUUCUGCAGACCCCCUGGGAGGAGAGAUUUAAAAUUUGCCUGAGUCUUGUGAAACUGCUGUUUUACUUGGCACAUUCGCCCCUGGGUUCAAUAGUCCUCUUGGAUUUCCAGCCGAGGCAGUUUGUUAUGGUGGAUGGAAACCUAAAAGUGACAGACAUGGAUGAUGCCAGCACUGAGGAACUGUCAUGCAAGGAAGAUAAUGACUGCACACUUGACUUCCCUACAAAAAGCUUUCCUCUCAAAUGCUCUGCGGCUGGGAAAUGCGAAGGAAUAAAUGAAAAGAAGAAUCUUUUUAAUGCAUAUCGGUAUUUUUUCACCUACCUUUUGCCGCACUCUGCACCACCGGCUUUGCGGCCCUUUUUGACCGAUAUUCUGAAUGCAACAGGUGAUUUACGAUAUGGAAUAAAUGAAACCUUGAAAGCUUUUGAAAAGGUUUUACAUCUGUACAAGUCUGGGCUCUAUCUGCAGAAAAGACCUCUUCUUUUAAAAGACUACAUCUCCCUAAAGGGCUUCCGAACGGUGGAAGGAGAAGACUACAAGUGCUGGCCCUCCUACAGCCACCUGGGGUGCCUGCUCUCCGUUCACAGCGCUGAGGAAGCUGCCGCAAUUUGUAACUCCCAAUCGCAAUGUCAAAGUUUUAUCGUUACCCAGCGGAGGACGUGGACAGGACGUCCGCUUGCCUCAUUUCAGAGUAGCCUGACUGAUUUAAUACCGGAUGCUAACUCUGUAGUCUAUAUUAAACGAUCGGCUUCCUCGAGGGAAAGACUUUAA